AAACGAAAUAAUUUUUAUGCGUUUGUUUGUAAAUAGUAAUUUUAGCAGUAUCAACUCUCAAGUCUCCGAGAUUUCCCUCGCCAAUUCGCCAUGGCGUCUGCUUCAUAUUCAAGCUAAUUACAAGAUUUUAAUAAUUUCUCUGUUCUCACUCCAAAAUCUUCUGCUUAACUUUCAAGCUAAUUACUAGUUUUUAACACCAAUUUAUACCCCCAAAUCAAAUCAAUCCGUUUCACUGCAAUUGAUCGGCAACACAGCUUUUCAUAACAAUGGAACAAUUCCCAGAAAGACCACUGUUUGGUGGAGCAGUUUCCACUACUUUCCCACUUAGGUUUGAGGAUGUGAGCAAUAUUCGUGAAGUUCCUGAUCAUCAGGAGGUGUUUGUGGACCCUGCACGUGAUGAAAGCCUGAUAUUUGAGCUUUUAGAAUUGAAACAUGAUGUUGAAGACAAUGGAAGUGCUACUUGGUUUUUACAAGACCUUGCUAGAGAACAAGGCGCCGAGGGCAAUAUCGUGACCGAGCAGUCAGCAGUGUUCGAGGCUCCUGAACUCCAAUUCAGAAACUUGCCAGCUGUCAUAACAACUGCUACUGCCCAAAUGGCCAUCUCUAAAGCAAGACAAGGAAGAGAAGCACAAAAUCUAGUGAAGGUAUACUUGGCCAAUUUGAGACUCAAAGGAGUUGGGACAGAUGUAGUUAUUACUGCAUACGAGCCUGUCUUCAUAAACCCAUUGAGUGAAAGUGCGAGCUCGGUUGGAGCUGGUUUAACCGUGCCGGCUGCACAGUCUGGUCGAACCGCGAUGGUUGAAGUUUUUAAACAAGCGCAAAACACCUAUUUGGGUUGUGAAAUGUGGCUUUGGAUUUCUGAAGAACGGUUGCAUUAG